GGCCCAACCUUCCUUUGGGGCGGGCCUCUCUUUGGCCCGGAAGCCGGCGGCAUGGAGAGAGGCGGCGCUGCGGCUGCCACGUUGAAGCGGAACGUAGAGGAAUAGCAGCGUCGGGCCUUGGCAGGAGGGGGAGCAGGAGCUGCAGGAGGAAGAGAAACAGGCCGCAGUCGGGCCUCGGCCUUUCCUAGGGAGGGUGACCGGCUACCCGAGCUUCUGGGCGGCAGCAGGAUGAAGCUGAAAGAGAUAGACCGUACUGCCAUGCAGGCAUGGAGCCCCUCUCAGCACCAUCCCAUUUACUUGGCUACUGGUACCUCUGCUCAGCAGCUGGAUGCUACCUUCAGUACAAAUGCCUCCCUGGAAAUAUUUGAACUUGACUUGACAGAUCCUUCACUGGAUAUGAAGUCUUGUGCCACCUUCUCCUCCACUCAUAGGUAUCACAAACUGAUAUGGGGCCCUCCUCAAGUGGCAUCUGAUGGGAAUCUAUCAGGCGUACUUAUUGCAGGUGGUGAAAACGGAAAUAUCAUUUUGUAUGACCCUGCUAAAAUAUUAGCCGGUGAAAGUGAAGUUGUAAUUGCACAGAAAGACAAGCACACAGGACCUGUAAGAGCUCUGGAUGUCAACCUGUUCCAGACAAAUCUAGUAGCCUCGGGGGCUAAUGAAUCUGAGAUCUACAUCUGGGAUUUAAACAACUUUGCAACACCAAUGACACCAGGAGCCAAGACUCAGCCUCCUGAAGAUAUCAGUUGCAUUGCAUGGAACAGACAAGUCCAGCAUAUCUUGGCUUCUGCAAGCCCCAGUGGCCGUGCCACAGUCUGGGAUCUCAGGAAGAAUGAGCCUAUCAUCAAAGUCAGCGACCACAGUAACCGGAUGCACUGUUCAGGAUUGGCUUGGCAUCCUGAUGUUGCUACACAAAUGGUUCUGGCUUCAGAAGAUGACAGGCUUCCUGUAAUCCAGAUGUGGGACCUUAGAUUUGCAUCUUCCCCACUUCGUGUUCUGGAAAGCCAUGCAAGGGGCAUUUUGACCAUUGCUUGGAGUAUGGCAGAUCCUGAAUUGUUGCUGAGUUGUGGAAAGGAUGCUAAAAUUCUUUGUUCGAAUCCAAACACAGGAGAGGUGUUGUAUGAGCUGCCUACUACCACCCAAUGGUGCUUUGAUGUUCAGUGGUGUCCCAGAAACCCUGCUCUGCUCUCUGCUGCUUCUUUUGAUGGGAGGAUUAGCAUUUACUCAAUCAUGGGAGGAAGCCCAGACAGCCUGCGGCAGAAGCAAGUAGACAAGCUCUCUUCAUCCUUUGGGAAUCUUGACCCAUUUGGAACAGGGCAGCCUCUCCCUCCUCUGCAGCUUCCACAGCAGACCCCACAGAGCACAAUCCUGCCCUUGAAGAAGCCACCCAAGUGGAUUCGCCGACCCGUGGGUGCAUCUUUUUCAUUUGGAGGAAAGCUGGUCACAUUUGAAAAUAGCAGGUCCCAGCAACAAGGGCCAGAACAGCAGCAGCAGCCGCCGCAUUAUCAUGUCUACGUGAGUCAAGUUGUCACUGAGAAGGAGUUCCUGAGCCGUUCUGAUCAGCUGCAGGAGGCCGUUCAAGCCGAAGCCUUCAUCAACUACUGUCAGAAGAAAAUCGAUGCUGCCAGGAAUGACUUUGAGAAAAAUGUGUGGUCUUUCUUGAAGGUGCAUUUUGAAGAGGAUUCACGUGGUAAAUACCUGGAACUUUUGGGAUACAAGAAAGAUGAUCUGGGGCAAAAGAUUACUUCAGCUCUACAUAAAGAGAGUCUUCACAGCCGAGAACCAGAUGAGGCUCUUGAGGCAUUUGACCAGUCUGCACAAAGCGAUGGUGAAGAGGGCCUGGUGGCUAAGGAUCGGCACUUGGGAGAGAAGACAGAAAACGAGACUGAUGCCCUGUCAUCCACAAAAGAAACAUUUAACAUUUCCGUCACUGGAGAUAUUGAUGGCUUAAUCACUCAGGCUUUGCUGACAGGGAACUUUGAGAGUGCUGUUGACCUCUGCCUCCAUGACAAUCGCAUGGCUGAUGCCAUCAUACUGGCUAUAGCUGGCGGCCAGGAGCUGCUGUCCAGAACACAGAAGAAGUACUUUGCAAAGACACGAGGCAAAAUUACCAGGCUCAUCACCGCAGUUGUGACUAAGAACUGGAAGGAGAUUGUACAAUCUUGCGAUCUGCAAAACUGGCGAGAGGCUUUAGCUGCCAUGUUGACAUAUGCCAGGCCAGAUGAAUUUGCUUCUCUAUGUGAUUUGUUGGGUGCUAGACUUGAAAGCGAAGGUGACAGCCUUUUGCAGACACAGGCUUGCCUGUGUUACAUUUGUGCUGGUAAUGUGGAGAAACUGGUUGCCUGCUGGACUAAAGCUCAGGAUGGAAACAGUCCAUUGUCUCUUCAGGAUCUCAUUGAAAAAGUGGUAAUCCUGCGUAAGGCAGUGCAGCAGACACAGGUGAUGGAUGGCAAUGCUGUUGGUGCUCUUCUGGCCGAGAAGAUGAGUCAGUACGCUAACCUUUUGGCUUCCCAGGGCAGCAUUGCUGCCGCAUUAGCUUUUUUGCCUGCAAACACCAACCAGCCAAAUGUUGUACAAUUGCGGGAAAGAAUUUGUAGAGCUCAAGGAGAGCUUCCCAGAGGCCCAGAGGCCCCUAAAGCAUCUUAUGAGAGACAGCCUACAGCCAAAGGAAGAGGUGGGCCUUCAGCAGGCCAGAUGCAGAUGCCACAACAAAUCCCUGCCCAACAAUACUAUCAGCAGGUUAGAGUUGCCCCUACUAUCACUACCUGGAGUAACAAAAACCCCACUGCCCUUCCCAGCCAUCCUUCUGCAGGGACACAGGGAGAAAAUCCCCCUCCUCCAGGAUUUGUCAUGCAAGGGGCUGUCAAUCCCAAUGUACCACCACAUCAGCCUGCACCUCCUGGUUACAACAUGUAUUCGCAGGUGGGAACACGGCCACCUUAUCCUCAACCUUGUCAGCCAGCACAGCAGUGUUCUUAUGGAACAGGGGGACCGUCGCUGUAUCAGCCUCAGCAGCAGCCUCUUGCUCCUCCUCCUCCAGCUUCUGUCUCUUACGCUAACCCCAACCCUCCUUACAUGCCCUCUAAUCCUCCCAGUUCUAUGCCUUCUUCCUUAUAUUCAGCACAACCCCAGCUUUCUCCAACAACCUUGAAUCCAAAUUCUCCCCUUCCUCCGCCUCCUCCUCCUUCUGGUGCCUCCUUCCAGCAUGGCAGGCCAGGAGCUCCAGCACAUUCUAUGCCGUAUGCACUGCCACCUGGACCCACAGGUACAGAGCCUGCAACCAGUGAGCUCGCUGCAUCCCAAAGAACAGAAUAUCAAACUAUACAAGAGCAAGACAGUAUCCUGCAAGGACCUCAGAAUGGCUGGAAUGACCCUCCUGCUUUGAGCAGAGUUGCAAAGAAAAAGAAGAUGCCCGACAACUUCAUGCCACCAGUUCCCAUCACUGCCCCAAUAAUGAAUCCUCUGUCCGACCCACAAGCCCAGAUGCAGCAGCUGCCGCCAACCUCUGCACCUCCAGCCCAGGGACCCUUUCAGCCCUCGCAUCUUCCUCCUGGACAGCCAGUGUUGCAGAACCCUUUCCAAAAUAUUCAGCAGCCUGUAGGUCAGACUAUCAUGACUCCGUCUGUGUCGGCAUCUAGCAUGGAAGGAGCCCCAGGAGCCCCUAUUGGCAACACCAUACAGCAUGUGCAAUCCCUACCAACAGAGAAAAUAACAAAAAAGCCCAUCCCUGAGGAGCACCUUAUUCUAAAGACCACGUUUGAAGCUUUGAUCCAGAGAUGUCUCUCUUCAGCGACAGAUCCGCAAACCAAGCGGAAAUUAGACGAUGCCAACAAACGCUUGGAGUUCCUGUAUGAUAAACUUAGAGAUCAAACACUCUCCCCAACAAUAAUCAACGGUUUGCACAACAUUGCCAGGAGCAUUGAGACGCGGAAUUACGUGGAAGGGCUGAACAUCCACACUCACAUUGUCAGCACCAGCAACUUCAGUGAGACGUCAGCCUUCAUGCCAGUGUUGAAAGUAGUCCUCACUCAGGCCAAUAAACUAGGCGUUUGAAGUGAGAAGCAGCAUUGUUGCGUGACAUGAUUGAUCGAGUGAUGGAAGGCUGGUCACUACAGUCCCCUUUGCAGAUGAGCUUCCUUUUAGCAGGGCUAGAGAGCCCUGAGGCUUUCUUCUUUUUCUCUCUCUCCAUCUUUUAUUAUCCUUACCUACAGAUAGUGUAUUUAAUUAUGCCAUCCUGUAUUGUCCAUUUUAAAUGCAUGUUACCUGCUGCUUUGACAGUGGCUUUUAAAUACAAAAAAAGAGGAGAGGAGUUUGUGUGUUAAGGCUGACCUUGAAAGUGAUUCCUGCCACAGUUCCUCAGCAUCAACCAAUUAAAAAUUCAAGAUUCUA